UCGCAGCAGACGAAAAAUUUCAUAAAUUCGCAGAUCUAAUUGUUGAUAACUUUAUUUUGUGUCAUAAAAACAAAACGAAAAUCUUAUUUUAUAAUUAAAAACUUUCUGUACAAAUAAACCCUAUGUGACGACUAUUAGAUAGCCAAAAAUGGAGCUCUCAUUUUCUAAGACGCGGCACCAGCGACUGGUGACGCUGGCGCUGGGCGCGGUGAACGUCGGCGCGCUGCUCGGCGCGUUGCUGCUCGUCAGCGGCCUGCGUCCUGAGGACAGGAUCUCGGUGCGUCGCGGCGCGGCGCUGUUGGGUCUGGGCCUGGCGUACUUCUGGUCGCUGUUCUCGCUGCUGGCGGCGCUGGCGCUGCGCACGGCGGCGGGCGCGCGCGCUCGGCGCCGCCACCGCCUCUCCGCUGCCGACGCGCUAGACGUCGCUAACAAACUCGUGUCCGCCGUGCAGGCGGCGCUGUGUUGCGUGGCGGGUGCGGUGGUGUGCGCGUGGUCGUGCGCGCGCGACUUCCUGCGCGCGUCGCACUACAUGUCGGAGGCGUACGCGUGGUUCGGCGCCGCAUACUUCUUCUACGACAUAUGGUCCAUGUACACGGUGUACGUGCACAGCGUCACCGGCGGCGAGGGCGGGGCCGGGGGUGACAAGCGGCGCGCGGGCGGGGACGCGCCGCCCAAGCCCACGUUCCUGGCGUACUGCCGCCACGAGCCGGUGAUCCUGCUGCACCACGCGUUCGUGGGCGGGUUCGGCUUCCUCGUGAUAGUGCACCUGCGCGGCGGCCUCGGCGACUGCGUCUUCGGCUGGGUCUACCUCAUGGAGCUCAGCACGCCGCUGGUGUCGGCGCGCGGCGUGCUGGCGCGGCUGCGGCUGCAGGGGACGGCGGCGUACCGCGCCAACGGGCUGGCGAUGCUGGUGGUGUUCCUGCUGUGCCGCGUCGUCGCGCUGCCGCUCGUGCUGCGGCACUACAGCACAGUGCUCGGCCUGGGCUUCUGGGAGGCGCUGGGCACGCUGCCGAGGGGCUGCCUGAUAUCCAUGAGCAUCCUGCUGCUGCCGCAGCUGUACUGGUUCUACCUCAUGUCGCGCGGCGCCAUCAAGAUCUUCUUCGGCAAACCGCGCGCGGAGGCGGCGGGCGCGGGGGGCGGGGCCGCGGGCGGGGCGGGGGAGGUGGCGCGGCGCCGGUGAUGCGCGCGCCGCCGGCGGUAGGCCGCACCCCGCCCCGGCCGCCCCGCUCCCGACACUCGCCGAGCUAUAAAAGGUCACGCUAAUUCAAGUAACCCGUUCAAUACGACACUUUCUAAACGUCUACCAUCAGCAUUGUGAAAUACAAAGUUGCUGGAGAGACAUAAAGAACGAGUUUGUAUGAAUGUUGGUCCCUCGAUGGACGUUUGAGAUGUUGUAACUCGACAUUAGGAUUUGCGUUCACGUGUUGAGUGUUUUUUUCGAUGUUAGUUUGACUGCUUCCACCGCAGAAGUCUUCGAGUAAUUAUUUUAUAUGAUCAGGAAAGUAUAAAACGUGACUGUAUUGUGCCUUCCUGGUCAGAAAAGGUUUAGUUUCGAAUCCGUAAAGAAAAUCUAUUUCAAAAAACUUCUUCCAGUUUUCCAUUACUUUGCAUUUACUUUUUAAAUAUAUACUCUUUACAUCUAUUAGAGAUAUUUAGUCGCAAAUGUAUUGCAUCACUUUCUUUUCCAAUUAACGCUAUAUACUCUUCCUUGUCACACAUCUAUGUAGGUUUAACUUUUAAUAUUUGUGGUGCUGGCUGUCGACUGGUAUGUGUGUUAAGACGCGUGCGUGCUUGUGUGCGGGCGGCUGCGCGAAAUGCGUACGGUACGUGCGUGCGCGUGCGAUGCAUGCGUGCGUGUCAAACGUAAGUUUGUCAGGUAUGACUUGACAUUUAAACUUAUUAAAUAUGUAUUUCAUUGACAAAAAUGUUUAUAUUAUCUGAGAGGCUAAAAGUAUUUCGUUGAUUAUUCGAUUUUGACGUAUUGAGGGCAAAAAGUUUACUCAAAUGUUUAUUAUGUAUGUUAUAACUUAUACCCAUUACUAUAACCAUUAGAUGUCGGCGUCAACUCUAUACCAAAGAGUGAUUUAAGGUCACAGUACACAUCAACUCGGAAAGGGAUGGGCACCGUAUCGCCUCGAGCCGUUCGAUAUAGUUUGUAUGAAACUCCCUACUGCGACGCACACUAAGCGAAACCGUAACGUAAACGCCUCGCCUCGGAAGUCGGAACAGGCUCCGAACCGGGAUGCGACGCGUGGUCAACUAGUCGUCCACCCGCUUACGGCUCGUCGUCCACCCGCUUACGGCUAGUCGUCCCCGUGCAUAGGUCUCUCCGUACUCAAGCUUACGUUUCUUCGUCCACCCUUACCCCUUUCCCCUUCCCCGAGCCGUAAGCGAGGCGUCGCCUAGCCGUAGCC